UUGGCUGCCCUCGCGCUGUGUGCUGAUGUGGUGUUCUGAAGGUAGCAAACCCGGACUGAUUCAGACCGAUUCUUUGGUUUAAUAGUGACUUUGCUCGGUUCGAAGAAACAAACAAUCAUGCCGUACUUUCAGACUUGGGAGGAGUUCGCCCGCGCGGCAGAGAGACUGUAUCUGACGGACCCCAUGAAGGUCCGCAUGGUCCUCAAGUACCGACACUGCGACGGCAACCUCUGCAUCAAAGUGACCGACAACGCCGUGUGUUUACAGUACAAGACCGACCAGGCCCAGGACGUGAAGAAGAUCGAGAAGCUCCACGGGAAACUGAUGCGGCUCAUGGUCUCCAAGGAGACGCACAGCGGCUCCUUGGAGACGGACUGAAGCGCUCCGCGGGCCGCGGCCUUCUAAACCGAGCGGACUGAGUUCAGUGGACACGUUGGAGCACCGGGGAGCCCGGGCGACGGCAACGUGGCGAGAUUGAUCCGGCUGCCUACGCUGACGCUAAUACCUUUAGGGACGCGUCACGUAUCCUGUGUGUAUUUUACUCUCGGGACUUUUUUUGAUACUUUUUUCAUUAAAAAUCCAGGGAUUUUUCCUUUUUACUCAUCAGGUAUUGUGAUCUCGUCCCUGAUGGUAUUACUGUAACGUAGUCGGUGUAGGUUGCUUUGGAAAUGUAGAGGGAGGAGGUGAUGGGUGGGGGGGGUAAUGAGGGAUGAAGUGUCCACAAAUGACAAAUCCUCUGCUGCUGCAGUGAGCACCUUUGGCAUCUUGAUUUUAAUUUUUUUUUCACAGGAGCGAGUGUUUGAUUUCUGUUUUAAAAAAGGACGUGUAAUGAAGACAUCGCAUGUAUUUUCUUUUUUUCUAUUUACGUGUAAGCAGCUAUGUUGGAUGACAUCUCAGCACGGCCGCUGUGUUCCUGUCGUCUUUCAUCGUGGAGUUGCGCCUCAUGAAUGAAGCAGGACCAUCUGAUUUACUAACCUCACUGUGGAGGACCUACACACACACACAUGCAUACACACACACCUCCAAAUGCCAUUUUUCUUCUGAGAAUCAUUACGUUACAUGUUAAAUAAAUGUUUAUUUACCCCAGUACA